UUCAUAGUGUCUAUGGAGAACAACAACAACGUGACAGAGUUCAUCCUCCAUGGACUGACACAAGAUAAGGCAGUAGCCAAAGUGUUCUUCUUCUUAUUUUUAGUCUUGUAUGGCACUAUCAUUCUUGGAAACCUGGUUAUCAUCAUGACUAUAAAGACAAGUGAACAGCUGAACUCUCCCAUGUACUUCUUCCUGAGCUACUUGUCUUUUGUGGAUAUUGCUUACUCUACUGUCACAGCUCCCAACCUCAUUUAUCACCUCCUUGUUGAGAAGAAGACCAUCUCAUUUUGGGGCUGCAUAGCUCAGGUGUUUGUGGGCCACUUCUUUGGGUGCACUGAGAUUUUCCUUCUGACAGUGAUGGCCUACGAUCGUUGCAUUGCUAUCUGCAAGCCUCUCCAUUACACAACUAUUGUGAACAAGCCUGUCUGUGGCUGGCUGGUGGCAGCUUCUUGGCUGGGAGGGUUGGUGCACUCAGUGGUGCAAACCCUGCUGAUCAUUCAGCUCCCUUUUUGUGGGCCCAAUGAGAUUGACCACUUCUUCUGUGAUGUUCACCCUUUGCUGCAGCUGGCUUGCACUGACACCUACACCAUUGGGGUCACCGUGGCUGCCAACAGUGGUGUGAUUUCCCUCAGCUCUUUUGUUGUCCUUGUUGUGUCCUAUGCUGUCAUCUUGGUUUCUUUGAGGACUCACACUUCUGAAGGGUGUCUCAAAGCACUCUACACGUGUUCCUCCCACAUCACUGUUGUAGUUCUGUUCUUUGGGCCCUGCAUUUUCAUCUAUCUGCGCCCUUCUGCCACCUUCUCAGCAGACAAGGUGGUGUCUGUCUUCUACACCAUCAUCACACCCAUGCUCAAUCCCUUGAUCUACACCCUCCGAAAUAAAGAGAUGAAAAAUGCCAUGAAAACUUUGUGGAGCAGAGAAGUGGAGGGGAGAGGGGAAUGA